AUGAGUGAUCGUGCGCAUGAAUCUGGUAACCACGUUCGCGAACAUCAUGGACGGCAGAGUCAUGCUGCCGGCCGCAGCAACUCCGCUCAAAACCAAGGCGGCUCGGCGAGCUCCGCCGUGAUAGCCGGAAGUUGCGCCACCACUCUCACCGCCGACGCUUCCGCUUCCGCCGCUGCUGCGUCGAACACGCCAAACGCCUCCGCGAGGAAAGUUCAUCAAGACUGCUUGCUGCUCCGCGCCGCGGCGCGUCUGACGGAAAUCGUCCACGCUGACGGCUACUGCUGGCUGAAGUACGGUGAAAAGCGCGUCACUGAGAAGUCGCUUCUCCGAUCCUAUUACAAGUGCGCGUGGUCUAAGGCUUCCGUGCCGUGCGUCGCGAAGAAAGUGGUUGACGUUAAUCCGGAUCAUCCGCUCAACUCGCGCACGCAAUACUCGGGCGCGCACAACCACGCGGAAACCGGCGCAAUGCCCAAGGACCUCCGCGGAAAGACUGCCGGCGCGGCCGGCGCCGGCGCGGCCAGCGGAAAGUCCCCCAAGGAGCGGCAGCUGGACAGCUCGUCUCCGCCUUCCGCCGCCGCGACUACCGCAUCCGGCGCCGCAUCUGGCGCGUCCGGCGCGCCACCGUCCUCGUACCGCCGCACCCGCAAUCGGUGGAACCCGCAGGACCCGGUUAGCAUCUCCGCUCCUGUCGCGGCCGCUAUCUCCGCAGCGAUUCCCGCUGCGAGCGGCGCGGUGGACUGCGAGAUGACGGAGUCGCGUGAGGCCGGAAACGCAUGCGACUCGGAGAAGCCGAUUCGAGAGAAGACGGGCAAAUCACCGUCGAGGAACGGAGCUGACUCUGCAGCCAAUAACGUCUCGCCCGCGCUCGACACGGCGCCAGUCACGCCCCGUCGGACGGCAACAGCACUCGAAGCUACGGCAGUAUUCUCAAGUCCCCUGGAGGCGAAAAAGUCACGUUUAAAGCUGACUCAACUGCAAACGGACUUCGAUAUAGUCACAGGCGACGACCCCGAACCGCUACUUCUUCCUGUCGCGGAGUCCGGCCACGUCAGUGCGCCCGCCGCCGUUCCCGGCGCUCGUGCCGGAUCGCGCUUCGCCUCCCCCAGCGGCUUCUCCCCCUGCGGUGCUCGCACGAUCGGCUCGAGCCGCCGCUGUUCCAUCACGCCACGUGGCGUCGCCUCCGCGUCUCCCGCCGGCACUACCGGUGCAAGCUUCUCGUCCGCGUCGUGGGAUGCGUUUCCAAGCCCCAGCCUCGCUAUCACUCCUUCCGACAAUAGCGGGGAUGUUAGAAACGGAGGAUUUCCGGGAUUCACCGCGCUUGCCAGCACCCCCACGAGCGGGCAUUCAUCCGCGCUUCCGCUCCCCUCCCCCCGCGCGGCGCACGCUCCGCCUCCGCUGUUCACAAUCCCGCGCGGCGGAAGUUCCGCUUCCGGGGGAGCUCCGCGCGAAGCUGGCGUUCCGCGAGCGUCUCCGCGCGCGCAAGCAUCCGCGAAUGCUUUCUCCCCGCCGAGUUGCGGAACCCGCGGAACCGGCGCUGGAGCAAGCUUUGGAGUGAACAGCGGAAGCAGCAGCGGGGUCUCCCCUGGAUCCGUGCAUCAGGUCUCCUCCUCCCCCCGCCUGCUCCCCGCGCUCCCCGCGCGCCUGUCCGCCCGCCAGUCUUCCGCCAUGCUGCCUCCCGCGUAUCCAAGCUCCUCCGCCGCGUCGCCAAGUGGUAACCACUCCAGUGCCGUAACCACAGCCUUGGACUCGGCGCUAGGCUCGGCACUUGGUUCGGCCCUAGGCUCGGAAAUGAGUAUGGAGAGGCUUACUGCAGAGCUCAGUCGGUUGCAAAGUGUAACCACAGCCAGUGACGCUGGUGGUAACCACAGCGACAUUGGUAACCAGAGUGGUGGUGGUAAUCGCGAGCAGUCGCUGGUGGCGUUGGCGACGGUCGUUGCAGCAGUGGCGAUUGCAGCACAGAAUAAGCAGAAGCAAGAGGAGGAGAUUCGGCUGCAGCAGCAGCGGCAGCAUGAGGAGGAGAGGGAGCGGCUUCAGGGUCUGCUGAAAAAGUAUCAGGUGCUGCUGCAGCAGAAGGAAGGUGCACUCAACAGCCCUGUUGCAAGUCCUGCCAAGCCGUGCCGCUCGGGCAGCGGAACAACUGUCGGGAACGAGGCUGUUUUCGGAAGGUGUGUGUCUGCUGCUGAGCUGGCAGCGCCCGCUGAGUUGGCAGCCCAGGCUGAGCUGGCAGCAGCUGCUGACGUGGCACUUGAGGAUGCAGGCGAGCCAGCUGCGCAUGAUGCUGUUAUGGAUAACUGUGAUGUUACUAGUGGUGGUGGUGCGUCUGCAGCAGCAGCUGCUGCGCUGUAUCAGCAGAAGCUUCUAGCCGACAACCCUCUCCCUGCAGCUGAUCUUCCUUCGCAACCUCUUCCAUCUCAACCGCUUCCAACCGGCCCCACUGCUGUUGCUGCUGCUGCUGCCAGUGCUGCUGCUGCUGUUGGUGCUGCUGCUGCUGGUGCGGGAGGUGUAUCGAGUGCUGAUGGGUUGGAGGAUUGGGAAAUGAUUCAAGCUGACUGUAAUAAUGUCGCUCUAGCUGCUGCUGCUGCCGGUGCUGCAACUAAUGCCGCUGACCCUGCUGACCCUGCUGUUGCAGCAAACCACCUCGCUCACCUAGAUGGCUUGCUGGACUGCAACCAAUCACUGCUUGACAUGUGUGCGGGAGCGGAUUUCCUCAAUCUUAAGGACCUGCUGGCUGAUGGUGUGGUGGCGGCACUUUGGUGA